AGUGCGAGCGUAAGACGGCCGAGUGAAACUUCAGAAACUUUGAGUUUUGACGAACAUUCGUUCGAUGCCAACUGUGUGUCAUGACAGCCGAUUGGGCUGACCGAAUCACAUAGAUGUCUGAAGACAACGACCCCCAGUCGACCAUGUCGCAAAUACCCGGUUUACCGCCUCUACCCCGGUGUUUUAGCGGCUUGCUUGGGUCGGAUAGUUCUCAGUGGCGAGAGACGGAAAAGAUGCACACUUUAAAGGCAAACCUGUUAGAGGAGCUGGCCCAAGAGUCACUUUGUGAGUCGGACCAGGGGGACAGCGGAACCCCACCCACGUCAAAUGGUGUGAACGGUGAGGUGGAGUCUCCGAGUUCUACGCCUCAUCCUGUAUCGUCAUUUUCCAGACUCAACGCAUCACUCACAACACUCAGGAGAGAAAUGGUGGACCUGCGCCAGCUGGACAUGUCACUGUUGUGUCAGCUGUGGUCACUGCAUGAAGCCAUUCAAGAAUACAAGGUGGUCAUGCAGGACCGGUACUCCGAGACAAACUCUGAAUGUUCCUUCGGGACGGGGAUGUCCAGUCGAGUGGGCUCCUUCUCCAGCCUCAACGACGACAGUGACUGGAACGACCAGGACUACCACAUGCAGCCUGAACCAGACUACCAUCUGGCAAACUCCAUACACAGCAGCACGUCCAGCCUCCUUCAGCAGAUCAACCAGCUGAAGGAGAGAGUUGAUGCAGAGUUCUGAUGGCAAACAUAUGAUGACCUUACCAUCACCCACAUGGUGGUUCCGAUACAGGCAUACUGUAGUGUGUUCUGCAGUGUCUGUGUGUGAUAGGAUGUACAGUGCUUGAAUAUGCCAGGAGUGUUCUGGUUUGAAGACUUGCAAGACGUGCUAAGAGCUUUUGUGGAUAUCAGGAUUUCAAGCCAUCAUGGCAGCUUGUUUGGCCUCAGGAGUUUUGUAUCAACGGAAAUUGGUUUGGCUGGAAAAUAACUGUUAAAUUGUCUUGGAUAUGCUACUAUGCAAACUUCUGGUAUAAAGAUAGUCUAGCAUUCUUUUGGGCAAAGUUCUUCCAGUGUGUUGCUGUUCAUCACUCUUUCUUAUAAUUUGCCCAGGAAAUAGUUUUGUCAUUUUACAGGCAGGAAAAGAAUAUGGAAACUAUACUGCUCUAAAGAAGUUAAAGAAGACCCAAUAUUUUCAUAAGACUUCAGUUCUUCUGUCAUGUCAAAAGACGUUGAAGACAUGACAGAUUAACUAUUGUCAUAUGAAAACAAAUUGGACACAUGGGGAAGAAGUCUUCUUAUUUUCCUGAACCUAAAUUAAAAGAUGCCAAGCUGUUAUGCAUGAUGCAAUAAUAAUAUACUUGACAAAUUUUAUGAAAGUGUUUUUGAAUUAAAAAAGUCAAUACCUGCUCUGGUUGCAAGUUAACAAGUUUACUAUGUAGAGUGAAGACCCUACGAUGACAUAUGGUCAACAUGUAUACUACAUUUACUAUGUAGAGUGAAGGUCCUAAGUUGGCAUAUGGUCAACAUGUAUACUACAUGUACUAUGUAGAGUGAAGGCCCUACGUUGGCAUAUGGUCAACAUGUAUACUACAUGUACUAUGUAGAGUGAAGGCCCUACGUUGGCAUAUGGUCAACAUGUAUACUACAUGUACUAUGUAGAGUGAAGGCCCUACGUUGGCAUAUGGUCAACAUGUAUACUACAUGUACUAUGUAGAGUGAAGGCCCUACGUUGGCAUAUGGUCAACAUGUAUACUACAUGUACUAUGUAGAGUGAAGGCCCUACGUUGGCAUAUGGUCAACAUGUAUACUACAUGUACUAUGUUGAGUGAAGGCCCUAUGUUGGCAUAUGGUCAACAUGUAUACUAUGUUGAGUGAAGGCCCUACGAUGACAUGGUCAACGUGGUGGAUGACUGUAGAUUAGCUACCUCAAUACUUACUGUUAUCUCAGUUAAAGGUGAAUCUAUUUAUCUUGUUAUACACAUGCUGUAGAUAAUUUCUGUAUUGGAUCUGUAGAUAUCAUGACCAUAUCACUUUAGUUCAUGAGGAACCUUAUAUAUUGUGAAGAAGUGAAAAUGUGAAGUUAUCUGCAAUUUGAAAUUGAUUUAUUUACAAUUUCAAAAACUUGAACUCAGUGAUGAGCACAUGAAGAAAAUUGACCAGACAUAUAAACCUAUCAAAAUUUGUCAAUCUAACUCUGAUGUGAUACAGGAUCUGACAUUUUGACUUUUACAACGAAAUCAAAAUAAUCAUCAUUCUCAGGAUGAUAGGCCGAUAGGAUUUCUUUAAAAAUUAUUUUUUCUGUUUGGUGCAGUUGGUUAUCAUAUUAUCAGCUGAUUAUUGAUCUAAAAAUGUGGACUUUUAGAAAAAGUGAAAAAUGGAAGAAAACUAACCUGAAUAAUGUAUACUACUCAAAAGAAGUCAAAGAACACCUGAUUCUUUCAUAUUACCAUCGUUAACGAGUCAUGACCUGACAGAUUUACUAUGGUAAUAUGAAACAAUCAGGUCUUCCAUAACUUCUUUGGAGUAGUAUAUGUAUGGCAAGGUUACUUCUGUUGUGGAGAACACUGAUUUCUCCGGAAAUGUUACAAGUCAUGAAAUUACAGAUAUGUAGAUAAAGAUAACUUGACAUGAUGAUGACAACAUAAUGGCUGAUUGUUGUAGUUUGGUGAUCUCUGCUCUGGUGACAACUUUUUAUUCUAUUUCAUGCUUUUACAUAUGUCAAGAUGCAGAGGUGUGGGG